CGAUCGGAAGCGCAAUUUGAAAACGCAAUACUACAUCACGACUCACCACUGGCAAACCCCUCUCGCGCCAGUCAGCUCAUCAAGCCCCGAUCCUCAGCAGAUAAGUUGCGGCAAAGAUGCCACAGCCGCGUUCACCGCGGAAAGUGCGACGAGUCUCCUUCAAAGAACGGGCGUCCACCGCGCCUUUCGACUCCUGGAUGCUCUUACAAGAGUCCAUAGCCGCUAUCGACUGGGAAGGGAUUUUCACAAAGCUGAGUUAUGCGAUCGUGGUGGUGUUGAACGCGGGGUAUAUUGCCGUGAAGUACCAUCAGAACGGCGAUAUAAUGUUGGAGAGGGACUCGGCGGAACCCUGGGACCCUUCGUUGGUUCAAUUAGCUGAAUUUCUUAUAUGGGCGAUAUGCGGGCUAAAUACAGUGUACAUGUUUACCCGGUCAAGGAGUUACCUGCUGUUCAAGCAACCCACAAAGCCGAACCCAUAUAACCCACAGGAUCGCACAUGGAUGAUUACAAGUCCAAACGCGGAGCUUGUCUCGGUGGAUUUGACGGGAGCGGUGAGGGAGGACGAUGCGAACGGGGGAAAAGGCCGAGUCAAGCGAUGGUUUGCUUUCAUCUGGAGAUCAUGGCGAAAGGUCCCAGAGCAACAGCCCCCGAUCGUACGGCAGGUGUGGCGGCUAAAGGUGUGGAACCCUUCACCGGGAUCGCAGCACCUAUUUUGUUGGUUCUCGCCAGUCCAAGUGGCGAUCAUGCACAACAUCAACAGCGAAAACUGGAAGUAUUUUGUUAUCAUGGCCGCCAUUUGCGCAAUAAUAACGUGGUCACUAGUAAACUUCUACCAAAACGUCAUACGCGACCGCGAGAUUUUGUCGGGCCAGCUGCUCUCAGAGUUCUCUCAAGCGAUGUACCAGCUUGAAAACUUCCCACCACCGCGCAAGUUCGAUAUUAUCACGCAUGGGUUGGAGGGACGGGCUAGUGUGCUUAAUGCGGGGGCGGUGGAUGAGAUGGGCGUGAUUGAGCAGACGGAGUUUGAAAGCGAGGAAGCCCGAGCUCGAAAAGAAUACCACGCCGGUCAAGAGCUCGCCGAGCAAUGGGUCGAAUCCACCACCUCCCACUCCAAAGCCUGGUCAGACCCAAACGCACCCGACCCAGACGAAGGUCAGGACUCGAACACCGGUAACAACGGGAUCACCACCACCACGACAACGACCGUCGACACAACAUACAUGUUUGCCCACCGCACCGCGCCAUUACCGCGCCCGCCUGGUACGCCCGUCAACGGGAACGGACACUGGCCAUUGGGGUUGGAAAGGGGUACAGGGGAGAACGAUGAAAACAAGGCGCCGCAGCGGGUGUUUGCGGAACGGCUGACGAGUCCGGUUGUGACGGCUCCUGUGGACAGGUUGAGCCCGGAUAAGUCGUUUGUGAAUGUGUUUCAGUCGCCUGCUUCGGCGAGGAGGAGACGGUGAGGGAUUCGUUGGGGAGGUGUGUUGCGCGUAUGGCUGUUCGAUGAGCAUAUGUAUUUAUGUACCCGGGGCAUGGCGACCAGUAAAUAGUGGUAAGAGGUGCGCGGCAAGCGCGCCCAGUUAUCUGUAAUGAGGGCUUGGGAAGGGUUUACAUAACCGAAUCCAUUUGCGAUUGGAGUCCUUUAGAAAUUUGGGAUGCAAAUAUG